CCGAGUCUGUAGUUGUUUCAGCCCGGUCAGAGUUCUGGAAAUGCGUGGUCCUGGUGGCGAUGUUACACGAGUUUGUUUUCUCAGCAUAUUUCUCAUGUAAUAACGGCGUAAAAGCUUCCGCCAAAGUCAUACCUCGUACGUGGACAAACCGUAAGAACAUAUUUACCGAUUUGCAACAUUGCCUAGUCACGAGAAAUGCCCGUUGCGUUUCGUGUCAACGAAUUCGACACCCCGUAUCGGCUAACGGGUUGCUAAUCAACUAGCUAGCUAACGUUAGCCACGCUAACUAUCUAGCCUGUCGGUUCAUGAAGCUAGCAAAGAAUGUUACUGGAAUAAUGCAAAGCUAAACCUAGGUUAAUUCCAUUUUUUAAACUCGUAAAAUAGCAAAAUUACCAUUUGAAUCAUCGACUUUUGUUGACGAACCGUUUUAAGUUAGUGAGUUUGGUUGCUAAGUUGUUAGCCUAGCCAGCCACAUCACAACAUAACCUUUUGACAGCCUGCCAGGAGGUAGCCAACUACCGUGAGGACAGUCACGUCACCGGACCCCGGUCUCGCUUCUACAGACUGACAGUUAUGGAAGUUAAAUAACGGUAAAUAACCAACUCUCCAGUUUAACCGUUUAUUAUAUAAAAAAUGGCAGCCAGCGGUUUCUCCGACCUGAGGGAAAAGCUGAAGUCCAUGACGCCUCACCGGGACAAUUACAAAAACAAAAACAGAGUUACCGACAAGGACGAGAGUUACAAAAACAAAAAAGUUAAAGUUACCGACGGAGGCAGCAGCAACGGGAACGGCCGGAAGCGAAAGCACCGAGAUUCCUCCGAGGAUGAGCUCCCUGUGGAGUCUCGUGAGCAGGAGGCGAAGCGUGUCCAGAGCGGCAUUGUCCAGGUAGAGGUCUUCUCAAAGGAGGACUGUGAUGUCAUUGAGGGGAAGAUAAAUGAGGUGGUCGCUAAUGGAGAAGCGGGGCUUUACCGGGAACACACCGUAGAUCGGGCACCGCUACGGAACAAAUACUUCUUUGGAGAGGGCUAUACAUACGGGGCCCAGCUAGAGAAGAGAGGACCUGGUCAGGAGAGAUUGUAUCCUAAAGGAGAGGUGGACGACAUCCCAGCCUGGGUCCACGACCUCGUCAUCACUAAACUGGUCGCCGGCGGGGUCAUACCUGAAGGUUUUGUGAACUCAGCGGUGAUCAACGACUACCAACCAGGCGGCUGCAUCGUGUCACAUGUCGACCCGCUCCACAUCUUCGCCCGGCCAAUCGUAUCCGUGUCCUUCUUCUCUGACUCCGCCCUCUGCUUCGGCUGCCGCUUCCAGUUUAAACCAAUCAGAGUGUCCGAGCCAGUCCUGGAGCUUCCUGUCAGGAGAGGAAGUGUUACUGUCCUCAGUGGCUAUGCGGCUGAUGACAUCACCCACUGUAUCCGCCCCCAGGACAUCAAGGAGAGACGGGCCGUCAUCAUCCUCAGGAAGACGAGGCCAGACGCCCCCCGUGUUGACCAGAGCCCCUCCCCUAACUCUCCCCCCGAGAGACACGCCCCUCUGAAGGCCAAACGCUCUCACCGCAGAGCUGACCCAGAUGCUGCUCACAGACCGAGGGUUCUGGAGAUGGAUAAGGAGGAGAAUCGUCACUCCUCCUCUUCGUCCCGCCUUCAUCGCCGUAGUAACAGCUCCGAGAACUACUGGAGGCGGAGCCAAGACAGCGAAGGGUCACGCAAGGUCAAGAUGAGACGUCACUGAACACACACACACCUCUGGCGGACAGGAUGGGCUCUGAGAGAGUGUGUGAGGCUUUUGGAACGUCAAGUCUGUAACCGCCCCCCUGCAUGCUAGGAUGGAUGGAACGCGCCACGAGGCUGUCAGCCAAUCAGAGACUGGCCUGAGGACAGUGGGACAGGGGGCGGGUUACAG